UUACUGUUGAUGAGUGUAGAAGUGAUGAUUAAUGCUGGAUUCUAGAUAGAUUUGAUGCUGAUGUGGCUCAGAAUGGCUCCUGCUCUUCAUCUGAUCUUUCUGCUCAUCAUUCACAGGGUUUCUAGUGCUGAAUGGGGUGUGAAUUACAGUCCUACACAAUUCUGUGCACUACAGAACUCAACAAUGACAAUCAGCUGCACUUUUAAAUACCCGUCUACUGGAUAUCAGAUCAUGAAAGCCUUCUGGAACAUAGACCAGGUAAAACAAGGAGGAGAGUUUGCAGAUCUGUCUAAUAACCCUGAAUACAGUCAGAGGCUUCAGUAUCUGGGAGAUAAACAGCAGGACUGCACUGUCAGACUGAGUCAUGUGACAAAGAAAGAUGAACAUGAGUAUUAUUUCAGAUUCACUACUAAUGUAACAAAGGGAAUAUGGAUUGGUUAUCCAGGAGUGCAUCUCUCUGUCACAGAUCUUCAGCUGGAGUCUCCUGAGAGAGUGACAGAGGGAGAUUCAGUCCGUCUGACAUGUAACAGCAGCUGUAAACUGACUGACACACCAACAUUCAUCUGGUACAGAAACUCACACACAUUGACUAAUAUUGGAGAUGAACUCAACAUCAGGUCAGUCAGUAGAAGAGAAGCAGGCAACUACAGAUGUGGUGUGCAGGGACAAACGUACAUCUCUCCUGCUGUUUAUCUCGAUGUCAGAUAUGCUCCAGAUACUCCUGUGAUCUCCAAUAGAUCUGCUGUAAUAAUGGAGGGAGAUUCAGUGAUCCUGAACUGCAGCAGUGACUCAAACCCUCCUGCUCUGAACUUCAGCUGGUUUAAAGGAGAAACGUUUGUAGGAUCUGGAAGAAUCUUCAACAUCUCCAAGAUCAGCUCUGAUGACAGUGGAAAAUACAAGUGUAGAGCCAGAAAUGACCUUGGAGAGAAAUACUCUGAUCCUGUGACUUUAGAUGUCCAGUACCCACCCAGGACCAUCUCAGUGUCUAUAAAUAGAUCUGCUGUAAUAAUGUCUGGAGAUUCAGUGACUCUGAGCUGCAGCAGUGACUCAAACCCUCCUGCAGAAAUCAACUGGUUUAAAGGGAAAAUGGUUGUAAGAUCUGGAAGAAUCUUCAACAUCUCCAAGAUCAGCUCUGAUGACAGUGGAGAAUACAAGUGUAGAUACAAGAAUGUACAUGGAGAGAAAUACUCUGAUCCUGUGACUUUAGAUGUCCAGUAUCCUCCCAGGAACGUCUCAGUGUCCGUCACUGAUUCUGGUCAUCUUUGGUCUGAUUCAGUGAGUCUGAUGUGCAUCAGUGACUCAAACCCUCCUGCUCUGAACUUCAGCUGGUUUAAGGAGAAUCAAAGCUCAGCUGUUGGAUCUGGACAGAGUUUCAGUGCAGUACAGAGUGGACGCUUCUACUGUGAGGCUCACAAUCCACAUGGAGCUCAGAGAUCAGACGCCAUCACUGUCACUGUUCAUCAAGGCGCUGGGAGAAACAUCAUCAUCACAGUGACAUCUGUAGGAAUAUUAAUCAUCUUCAUCAUCGUCAUCAUGUUUGCAAUUCUUUCUAAAAGGAAGAGCAGAAGAUCUGCAGGGAAACAGUCUGCGAUCUCAGACACUUAUGCAGGUCUGGAUCUCCAGUCUGCGACCUCUGACCUGUACAACACACUCACAAGCGUUCACCACAGACCUGCUGAAAACUCCUGCUCCACUCUUGAUCCUCAGAGCUCUUCUGAACAUCACAAUCCACCAAUCAACAGGAGGAGGCUGCAGUGAGCGGCGGAACCAGAAAUAACCAAUCCUGAGCUGUGAGGGCGGAGCCAUGGGUGAUUGACAAAUCAUUAGUGAUGUCAACUUGUAAAAGUGGUGUUGAAACUGUGUAUGAAGUUAUUGGAUAGGUUUUGUGCAGAAAAAUAAUUUAAAGAGCCCCUAUUAUACAUUAAUAAGGGUCAUAUUUUGGUUUUGGGGGUCUCCAACAACAGGCUGAUCUGCAUGCAAGGUCAAAAAACACUUUCAUUGUCUUAUAAUAUGCAUUUAUUUUUAUCUAAUUAUCCCAGCGACAGAGAGAGUUAACCAGAUACAGUACAAGCGAUUACAAGUAACAAAACACAAUUUAAUACAUCUUUUGCAAGCAAGAAAAAACAAGAAGGCAGCCAUUUUAAUCACACUUACUUACACUUGUGAAAUGGAGGAAGAAACUGAUCCAUGUCUUUUCUGAUCCUUCCUUUAACAAACAUCUGACGAAUCUCCCAUUGUAAGCGUGUAGAUCGCAGAACCACUCGUCAGAAAAAUGACGGGAACAGCAUAAGGCUGGGCUUGCAAAAAUAAACCUCAACCACUGACUCUUCACAGUUUCAUCAUCUUGGGGUAGAGAAAAUAACACUUAACUUUCCCCUCACACUUUCAAUAAUAUCCAGCUGAGCACAGCGUCUUCAUGACUUGAUUCAACCAGGAUCUGCUGAAGUGUUUGUGGGCGGGACCGCAGGUUUCAAUUUUUCAGGGUUUGCGUACGCAGAAAUUUGGCGGGGCUUAAGUUUGUAUUGACGUCACACCAAAACGGCUAAAGACUUGUUAUCCAGACGAUUCAUUUGAAGAACUAUGAGUCGACUCUUUUAUAGAUGAAUCAAUAGUUUUAAACAUUGCGCACUUUCAGAUUUAAGCCUUAGGUGGAUAUUUCACUUCACUUAGAGCUGUGUUACACACUAUAUGGAAGGUCAUUUAGAAAAACCUUUAAGAGACCUUUUUAUUUUUAAUUGUGUGUCUGUAAUUUAUUGUUACUAAUGUUUUUCCAAUGCCAUAUCGUCUUUUACAGUGCCAAUAAAGCCUGUUGAAUUAAUUCAUGUUGUCAGCCAACCCCUCCCCCCUCAGUCAUUUAUGCACUGAUUGAACUGAUAAACUCUGAGCUUCUGCACAUGAUAGAAAAUGAAUAAGGUGAUACUUUUAUAUGUUAUGAAUCU